CCUCCUUCAUUUGCAAAUAGAUUUUAGUUUAUUUUUAAGAGUAUUGAAGGACCAUGUAUUUCUAAUUUCUGAAGGUAAUAAACUAUAAUAGGAUCUUGGCGCUACAUACAUUUCAAUAUUUUGCGGUGACAACUCCAGGGAAUACACAUACCAUAAAACUCAACCUUUUAGAUAGAAAAGUAGACAUUUACACCCUCAACAAUCAUUCGUCUUAUCACAAAAAUCAAAUUACAUCAAAUCUUACAAUCCUUAAACCAACCACUAAAACGCCAUGAACAAUUCAAACUCAAAACUAGCAGAAUAAACUUCGUUAAAAGAUAAAAGAACUGUUUAGAUUUUCCUCGAGCAAAUUAUGUAGAUUUUCCGUAUACCCGUGAAAAUUGUAGUCACGAACUCUCUGACUAUCGCUCUCUCUUUCCAAAACUGAAUUUUUAAUCGCGGAAAAGUGGAAAAUAUUAUUAUAAGUCUCUUAUGAUACUGUAAUGCGGUGUCUGCAGUGUACAAAAACGACGUAAAUAAUUUGGUUAACGAGGCGUGUAAACUGGAAGUUUUGCGGGUUAGGAAAUAUGUAUAGAAGAAAAUUUUAUUUAACUACCUAGGUUACAAGUUACAAUUUAAAAGUUUGUAGCAAAAAUAAUAAAGUUUAUUUACAAUAUACUUAGAUAAUAAAACGAAAAUAGAAUAUUUAAAAUUGUAAUAAACAAUGGGCAUAUUAUGAGGGCGAGUAUGUUUAUGUUACUUAACUUGAAAUAUUUUUAGAUUGCUUUUGAAAUUAUUUAGAUUUAGGCAUUUGCAAUGAUUAGGUAAGACAUUGGAGAUAUAACAUUUAAUUAAGAUAACGAUUAAUUCUAUUAUGUUCGUUUGCCUCGUGUUAUAAUUAUGAAUGUUAAGAUUGUUAAAUUAAUUGAUCCGAUUUUUUUGUAAAUUUCAAUAAAUAGGUACGUUAUAUAGAAGUGUCCCGGAUGCGUAAAGGCAUAAUGUACUAUUAUUCAGAGCAGUUGUAGUCUGAAUAGCAGUAUACUAUGGCUUUACGUUAGGCGUUAUUUCAAAAGAUAAUAUGUACCAUGAUUCAGAGCACGACUUAUUCCCACCGAGUAUACGUAGCUCAAGCAUUUAGCUAUUUAAGAAUGGCACCAGAGGUGCGAGAAACAUUUUUUCGACACUUUAAUGAAGGUAUAGGCGGUAAAUUUUGCAAACAUCUUUGUACCGUGCAACAAAAUUUUGGAGUACUUCUUCCGAACGCGCCUUUACUUACUCCACCCGAUAAGAAAAUGUUAGCAACGUUAGCUCUCGGUUACGACGCCUCAGAAUAUUUUUUUGAAAAUAUGGACUUAGACGAUUCUGAAAGCCGGUUAGACAACACACCUAUUAAUAAAAGUCCACAACGAAAUAUUCAAAAGGGAGUUGAUACCAAGGUUGAUUCUAUUUUGGAAACAAAGAAAAAGGAAUCAGAAGUUAACAGAGAACACACUUCUGCAGUAGAAAGUCUAAAAGAAAACUUUCAGAAACUAAUAGAAAUUGCAUCAGAAAAUAACACCGCAGAUUUUACGAAUUGCAUCAUUAAGGCUAAUGUUGAAUUAAAAAAAAUUACAACAUCAAUGCAACUCGCAAGUUUUCGUUGCAAUUUAAGGAAAGGACACUCUUCAAAACAAAUAGGGGUUCAACCUACAGCUAUUAGCAGAAGAAGGAAUCAAAAUGACCUCACAUCUGGAAGGAAAUGGAUUCAAUCAGGUAGACUAUCCAAUUAG